GUACCUUUAACAGCAUGCAUAAUAAGGUUGCGUUUGGUUUGUAGUUGAAACCUUCUGCCUUUUCCCUGUUGAACAGGCAAAUUGACACUACAUUUCAAACCAACCGGCAACCCAGCUCCUGCAAUGUUGUAUUUUCAUGCUGACUCAUUCAAAUUCAAAAUACAUUUGUUUUUUUUUUCUAUACUACAGCUUACAAAAUCCAGCACGACUUUAUUUCAGUGUUUUGAAGGCAGUGACUGCAGAGGACACCGGACUCCCUCUGAUCACACAGGUUUUCAGACAAGAAAGAAAGGCUGAUGCAUCUGAAGACCAAACAGAGAGAAUUCCAAAAACAUGUUUUGAAGGCCAUGGAAGGCAAAGAGAUAACUGAUCAGCUGAGAUGGAAAAUAAUGUCGUGCAAGAUGAGGAUUGAGCAGCUGAAGCAGACCAUAUGCAAAGAGAACGAUGAAAUGGCCAGGCAUGCAGAGGGGCUUCUGAGAAUUAAAGAGGAGAACCAGAAGCAUUAUCGCAGGGCUCAGCGGCAUCAGGAGAAGAAGGAGAAGAUCCAGAGGCACAACCGCAAACUGGGGGACUUGGUCGAGAAAAAAACCUACGACUUGAAAACCCAGCACGAACACCUGGCAAAGCUGCGCAGGACGCACAUCCUGGAGCUAACGUCAGUCAUAUUUCCCAUUGAGGAAGUAAAGACAAGCAUGAGGGAUCCUGCAGAUGUGUCUUCUGAGAGCGACAAUGCUAUGACCUCCAGCACUGUGAGCAAGCUUGCAGAAGCCAGGAGAACCACGUAUCUCUCUGGGAGAUGGGUGUGUGAUGACCACAAUGGGGACACCAGCAUCAGCAUCACGGGGCCUUGGAUAACCCUUCCUAAUAACGGAGACUACUCAGCAUAUUACAACUGGGUUGAGGAGAAGAAGACUACACAAGGACCAGAUAUGGAGCACAAUAACCCUGCUCAUACCAUCAGUGCUGCACUGUGCUAUGCAACCCAGCUCGUUAACACUUUGUCUCUCAUACUUGAUGUAAAUCUUCCCAAGAAGCUCUGCAACAGCGAGUUCUGCGGGGAGAAUCUCAGCAGGCACAGGUUCACGCGAGCAGUGAAGAAGCUGAAUGCUAAUAUCCUUCACCUCUGCUUCUCUCAGCAUGUCAAUUUAGAUCUGCUGCACCCACUGCACACGCUCAGGAACCUCAUGUACCUGGUCAGCCCAGACACUGAGAACUUGGGCAGGUCUGGCCCUUUUGAAAUCAGUGCUGACCUGGAAGACUCCAUGGAGUUUGUGGAUCCCAGUGCCACCGGUGAGACAGAUGAGAGCGGAGAUGAGCACGUCAGCGACGAAGAGACGGAUCUGGGGACAGACUGGGAGAAUCUGCCGAGCCCCAGGUUCUGUGAUAUCCCUUCCCAGCAGGUGGAGAUGCUGCAGAGCCAGAGCACGCAGGUGUCACAGCCCAUCGCCAGCAGCAGUGCUGGCGGGAUGAUCUCCUCUGCUGCUGCCUCAGUGACCUCGUGGUUUAAGGCGUACACCGGGCAUCGCUAACGAGCACGGGAAAAGGAUCGCAGGAUUUUGGAAGGAAUCCCUCCCCAGCAAUGCUGUAGUAAACCUUACAUAUUCAGUUAAGUAGUGCCUGGAACAAAGAAAAGGUCCGACUUUGAUUUUGUAAACCAGAAGAACCUUUUUAUUGACCCAAGAUGACUGUGAUGGUACCGUUUUGUACAUUAGCUAGCUACGUAAUUCUGACAGAUUCUGUGCUGGCACUUUGUGUCUUGGUUCUGUCUGCAUUGUUGGAUAUCAAAGGAGGACCCAGCGGCCUCCAGCUCUGUCUCCUAAAGAAGAAACAGAUUCUGUAGUGUUUGGAUCCAAACGAGUACAGAGGGAAGGCUGCUCAGUAUUCAGUCUGGACGGUGGUGCGAAUGCAAUUCACGCGUUCUUCACUCCUCGCAGGGUUUAUGUUUGUGUUUUAAAUCUAUCUUGCAUAAUGCAAAAAUGCACAUUUCUAAAUUUUCUUUUCUCAUUCAGGACAUGACAAUGAUGCAUUUUUAACAUGUUUUCUAAUCUCUGUUGCCAUAUUUUUUUAAUGUGGAGAAUCAGCAUGGACAAGAAUCCACACAGCAGGUUGCUCUUAUUUCAGGUUUUGGUGUGGAUCUUGACCCAGUUUUGCUGUAGGAAAUUGGCUUGCUCCACCAGUAGGCAAUCUCCACGUUCAUGUUGUGCUCUCCAGGCACGAUGCUCUUUACUCGUGAUACCACACACCAAAGAAACACUGGAUGUUCUCUUAGCUAGACCCACAUCUGACACUGUUGCUGCAAUAAGACUCAUGGGUUACACCGUGUUGCCAUUUUUAAUAUUAGAGAAGCCUCAUUUCAAGCUAGCUUCACGAAGUCCCAUGUUCUACGUGCCACGUGCGCUUUAAACCCUGUUCCAUUCUGUGUUGCUGGUGGGUUUUUCUUUCUGUUCUUUUUUGCUGAUUGCCAAGGAGCUGAUUUCAUCUUGCUGCAGCGCUGCUCCCAGGGCAGCUGGCGUGCUCACAGAACCGCGGGAGCUGCGAUGCUGACAGGGGGUUGCUAACAAGUGCUCCUCCACUUCCUCUGCCUCGUGGGAUGCAUCGCUUAAGGAUGGUUUUGCUCAGUGAGGCUUCCACUGUAUGGUUUGCAUUUCAUGCAGCUGGGAUGUUGUACAUCUUCGUGGGCAUUUGUGUGAAAUCAUCCUCCCAUCCCUCUCAGAUGGAAGAUUGCAGUCUUCCCUGUUGAAGCAGCUGGGGAUGCAAGUGAGGCACACAGAGGUGUAGCACAGAGAGGCAGCAUCCUUGUGCACAGCAGCAAAGCAGCACCAGCCCUGCUGAGCUCUGCGCCCAGUAGUACAGCCCAGCUCUGUCCUGCACAGCAGCUCCUGGUCUUUGGGAUGGGAAUCUAUUUGGGGUUUCUUUGGACCGAAGACCCUUAACUCUGCACUAACAGUACGCUGUUCUGUGAAGACACCCUUGGUCCUAAACCCAAGUUAGGUUCAUUCUGGGCAGUUAAGUUAAACAAACAGCACAGACCCCCUUGACAACUGCAGUCUUGGCCCAACCGACUGCUUUCCCCUUAGAUGCUGUUGGUGUCUGAGCAGCCAGCACCCAGCAAUGCCCUAUGCUGGCUUUUAGCAUCACACAGCCCAUCUUGCUUCCCUAUAUACAUAUUUUACUACACCUUUCAAUCACUCUCAUUGCUGCCUUUGCAUUACUUAGAGCCCUAAUGGCCAGGCCACGGUUCUGUUUGGAUGCUGCCAUUUAUGGAUUCUGAGGGGGGUGAAAAGCCACCACCACAACACCUUCUGAAGCCAUAUCCCCAUUUUGACCAUGGUGUUUUCCAAGUAAUUUAUUUCCCACCACAUCAUAGAGUGCACAGUGGCACUGUGAAGGCAUGAAUGCAUGAAUGCAUCGAGACCGGUCCUUUCAAGGAACAAUUGUGUAACAGGAUAGAGUGUUGGUUUUAAGUGUUUUGCACACGUGUAGCUCAGGGAGAGUUACAUGUGUCCUAACCUCCAGUGCAAUCAGUGGGAUUGGUUUUCCAGGUUGUUUGGGGGUGAGGGAAGGAAGCACUGUCUGCUCAUUGGAGGUUGCUGUAGGCAGCCAGCUGAGUUUGCAGAACAGUUGGUGUGGGUUGAAGACAGCAGUUCUGGCUCAGGCUGAUCCCUGCAGCUAGAUUUGGCCAUUGUGACUUCCCAAUGAGAUGGAACUAAAUACAAUUAUUAUUAUUUUUCUUUUCUAAGUUUUAUUGUAUUAUUGCAAUAAAUCUUUAACAGUAGUUUUUUUUUUAA